AUGGUAGCUAACAGGAGGAAUGAGAAGCUAGCCUCGAGAUAUUCUGAUCCUUAUGAGAUAUUGGAGAGGUUUAGAGCAAUAGCUUACCGAUUGAGAUUAUCCCUAACCGCUAUCAUACAUCCAGUGUUCCAUAUGUCACUGUUGGGGAGAGCUAUCAGAGAUCAUGCAUCCAAUUUAGAGUUACCCGUGACACUGAUAGAAGAUUUGGAGGUGUUGUUGGAACUACUGGAGCUGAAAGGAAGGUGGCAAGCAUUUCUAGUCCUGCUGGUUGCUUACUCAGCCUGGGCAUCCCCGUUAGAGCUAGCAUUUGAGAAGCUAGUUGCCUCCAAGGCACUCAUAGCCAUUGAUCUGGUCGUUGAUGCCUUCUUUGCUGUUGAUAUUGUGGUCUGUUUCUUCGUUGCUUAUCUGGACAAAUCUACCCACCUCCUUGUUUUUGAACAAAAGAAGAUAGCUACCAGGUAUGUCAUGACCCUAAACUUUGGUAUGGACGUAGUUUCAACAUUGCCAUUUCAGCUCUUCUAUGGUAUCAUAACUGGUAAAAGCAAAGAUGGAACUUUCUUGGGAAUAUUGAGUCUGCUGCGCUUGUGGCGACUAAGACAUGUUAGCAACUUGUUUGCAAGGCUAGAGAAAGACACUCGGUUUAGCUACUUUUGGACAAGAUAUGUAAAAAUCAUCUCUGUGACACUAUUCGCACUGCACUUAACAGCUUGUGUCUAUUGUUGGAUGGCCUACCACCAUCGAAUAAUAGAGAAAACAUGGCUAGGCCAACCAGUACCCAAUUUCAAGGAGCGAAGCAUCUGGCUUGGCUACAUCUAUGCAAUAUACUUCUCUAUAUCAACCCUGACAACCGUUGGUUAUGGUGACCUGCAUGCAGAUAACAAGUGGGAAAAGAUAUUCGGCAUUCUCCUCAUGCUGUUCAACAUUGGGCUCACUGCCUAUCUCAUUGGGAACAUGACCAAUCUCAUUGUCCAUGAGGCAUCACGAACUUUCAUGAUGAGGGAAGCCUCGCGUAAUAUUUCACGAUAUGCAAGAAAGAAUGGCCUUCCCGAGACCCUGAGAACACAGAUGAUGCAACAUGUGCGACUUAAGUUCAAGACCAUAGAGUUACAACAAGAAGAGGUACUCACCAGCCUGCCAAAGGCUAUACGAGCAAGCAUCGCACAACACCUAUUCCAGCAAACUGUGGACUUAGCAUAUCUUUUCAAAGGAGUCUCCGAAAACUUCAUAGCACAGCUGGUUUCUGAAAUGAAAGCAGAAUAUUUUCCACCUAAAGCAGAUAUUAUACUACAAAAGGAGAUCCCCACAGAAUUCUAUAUUGUUAUUGCAGGAGAACUGGAAAUUCUGACCAAUGAAAACGGAACAGAGAAGAUUCUGUCAGCGCUAAGGCCUGCUGACAUGGCAGGAGAAAUUGGAGUAAUUCUCAACAUACCACAGCCUUUCACGAUAAGGAGCAAAAGCAUUUCCCAAGUUGUUCGAAUAGGCCAUAGUCAUUUCAGACAGGUUGUGGAGCUACAUAUUGCAGAGGGGAAGACGAUUCUGUCUAACUUUCUCCAGUUUCUUAAAGGACUAAAAGAAGAACUUCUGGUGGAGAUCCCCAUUCUAACGCAACUACAGCACAACAUGGAUGACCUGAGGGCGAUAGCUGAAGAAGCAUGGGAGAAUGAUACAACAUAUGGGAACAACACAGGUGAUAAAAUGGAAGGAAGAUCUUUGACUUGCUCCAGCAUAACACCAAGUGACCCUCCUAAAAGAGUAGUAAUCCGUGGACAUCAUCCAGAUAAAAUUGAUAAAACAGAAGGCAACCAGCUUGGCAAACUUGUAUACCUACCAGAUUCUAUUGAAGAACUUCUGAAAUUGGCAGAAAAGAAAUUUGGGGCGCUACCAACAAAGGUUUUAACUAUUGAAGGUGCAGAAGUUGAAGACCUGGAUGUUGUAAGAGAUGAUGAUCAACUGUUUGUAUUUUGACAAGAAAAAGAAACUAUGAAUAAGAGCAUCCAACACAACGAAUAAGCACACUUGUUGGAUCUUUUGGAUUGUUCCUCAUAGUAAGUACCCUUGAGAACAAAGUAGCACAAUGAAGGGUGAUCCGGAUGGCUAAAAAAGCAGCUUAAUGCCCAUUUUCAGUUUUCCAGAAUGCAAGAAUAAGUUCGGCCAAGAGAACUGGCGUCCUUGUAAUGAUUUAGGCUUCGUUUGGGACGGCUUUCUUGUUGCUUCUUAAAGCAACUUUUUAGUAAAAAAAUUAAUUUUUGUACUAAAGAGCUUUAAGAAGCAACAAAAAAGCCGCCACAAAAGAAGCCAUAAAAGAACGACAGUUGAGAAAACAUUGCAAAAUAUUCUACUAUAAUAAAGCAAUUUCAAACUUCAAGGUAGUUACACUUCUUAUAUCUGUACAGAUAUUUGAGUGACUAUAAUCACACAUGGAACCAUCAAAAAGUAAAUGUACUUGAAUAAUAAUGCAUGUCGUCCGCAAGGAACUUUCACUGUAGAUCUGUCUGAUAAUCUCGCAUACAAAGCUUCUUUUAACAUAGAAUUGCACAUGAUUUAUCUCCUCAACUAACAAAUGUUUCUUCUAAUUAAGAAAUUAAUGAUGAUUUGUUUUCCACAUUAAUUAUAUAUGCGAUUUCCUGAUCAAGAUUUUCUGUAACUUCUGUUCUGCUUUAAGGAACUACGAAUCCAACAAAUUCAUAGCAACUUUACACAAA